UUUAUAUCUAACAAACGACCACGAAUGGAAAUAGAAAAUCAUUCUCCACCUUCUCCACCUCCAAUUAAUUAUAAUGAAAUGCCGAUUUCUACAUUUUGUGGUACAUUGGAAAAUACAAUAAAAUGUUUAUCAUGUGGUAAUCAAUCAAGAACAAAGGAAGAUUUUCAUGAUCUUACAUUAUCACUUAAAGUUGAAAAUGAAUCUGAUAAACUUUCACUUGAUGAUAUGUUGUUUGAAUUUUUUACUCCAGAAGAGUUAAAUGAAGAUAAUCAAUACUAUUGUGAUAAAUGUACGGGAUUGCAAGAUGCAAUUAAAACAACACGAAUAAUUGUCCCUCCACGUUAUUUGAUAUUAUCACUUAAUCGAUUUGAAUAUGAUACAAGAUAUGCAAGAAGAAUAAAAAUUAUGACUCCUGUUACGCUUCAAGAUACAUUAUUUUUAAAUAUUCAAGAUACGUUAUCUUUAAAUCUUCAAGAUGCACUAUCUUUAAAUGGCAAUGGAAUUAAUCCUUUUGAUACAAAUGGCUAUGAUAAAGAUAGUAAUGUUGAAUAUGAUUUGUCUGCAAUGGUUGUACAUUCUGGAACAUCAGCUGAAUAUGGACAUUACUAUACUUAUGCAAAAGAUGAAGAAGACGGUAAUUGGUAUCAUUUAAAUGAUAACUGUGUGAUAACGUCUACUUUGUCAAGAAUCAUUGCAGAAGGUGAAGAUUACAA